GCUCGAGAGCAGCCGGGAGGGCGAUGAUUGUCACAAUCCUCUGGCUGCGGAGGAUGUGUUGGCUGUGGGCGAGCUGUAUGACAUGCUCAAGACGGGCCAGGGGCUGAGGCCACUCGCGAACCGACUCAAACAGGUGGGUGGCAGACCACAGGCAGCGUCCAUCUAGCGAGGUGAUGCAUUUGUGUGUGUGUGUUUCGUGUAUGUUGUCAGGAGAGGUUCACAGGUGUGUCGCUGGGUCACGUGUUGGACUCGCGCCUGCAGCCGGAUGAGCAGAGGUGGCUGCGGUCGCUCUUCCGGAUCGACCCAUCGCGGCCCAAUGCUGAGUUGGCGGAGCCUCUGAUGCUGAGCAAGGACGUCUGGAGGCUGCUCUCCUUCCUAUACGACGGCGGGGGAGACUGA